AUGGUUUUGACUCGUAGUUUGCUUCACAUCGCACUGCUUGUGACAUUUGCUCUGGGUACUGCCCCAAGUGGUCCGUGGGACGCGUUCAACUUGGCUCCUGAAUCGAGGACCGUCUACCCGAGAUCUAUACGCGAAGUGGGUGGUACGGUACAGAAUGCGGAGAACUUGCUAAGUGGCGGAAGCGCAACUCUCGCCGGAAAUGAGUCGUACAUUGCCUUGGAUUUCGGUUAUGAAGUCGGGGGACUCAUAUCUUUGAACUUUGACAGUGUAUCCUCCGAUUCUUCGAUUGCAUUGGCGUUCACCGAGUCGCCUGAGUUCAUCCGACCAUACGCAUCAGAUGACUCAUCGUAUCCCUCUGCAAAUACUACAUACGACGGUGUGCUCGAGGUUCCUGCUCCCCUCGAGUCUGGGUACUGGACCCAGCCUGCGCCACGUCUUCGGGGUGGCUAUCGGUUCCUGACCAUUGCAUCCACAUCGGACAGCGCUGUGUCCAUCUCGAACAUAUCCUGUGGCAUAUCCUUUAUGCCUCAUGUCGAGGACAUGAGGAAUUAUAGUGGCUAUUUCUACACAACCGAUCCACUCUACUUCGACGAAGAUUUCUUGACGAAGAUCUGGUACUCGGGCGCGUAUACUGUGCAAACAGACACUGUGCCUCUGAAUACCGGCAGACAAGUCCCGUUCGUGUCAUCGCCUGGUUGGCUGAAUAACGCGACAUUGGGUGUGGCUGGUCCUAUCAUCGUGGAUGGUGCAAAGCGCGAUCGUGCUGUUUGGCCAGGUGACAUGGGCAUAGCUGUCCCUACACAGUUUGUCUCCACGAACGAUCUCCUGCCUACGCGCAACGCUUUAUCGACGAUGUUUGCGGGGCAAAAUCCUGAAACGGGCGCACUUCCUGAGUCGGGUCCUCCCCUGAGUCAACAAGGCAGUGACACGUAUCAUGCCUGGACACUAAUUGGGUCGUACAAUUACUACUUGUAUUCUGGUGAUGCCAUCUGGAUGCAGAACACUUGGAGCAACUACACCAAAGCGGUGGCGUACCUGGCAAACAAGGUGGAUAGUACCGGCCUGUUAAAUGUAACAGGCCUCAGAGAUUGGGGACGGCUCUGGCAGGGUGGGCACAACUCAGAAGCAAAUGCGAUAUAUUAUAAACUGUUAACAAACAGCGCUGAGCUUGCCGGGUAUAUGAAUGACUCGCUUUUAGCCACCGCAUACGCCACUAACGCGUCUGCGCUAAAGAUCAAGUUCAACGAAGCGUUCUGGCUGGAGUCAGAGGGCAUGUACCGCGACAACUUGACAUCCAUACUGUGCCCGCAAGACGCCAAUUCGUUCGCUGUCCUAUAUAACCUGACGUCCUCUGCGGAGCAGGCGUCUACCGUGAGUAUGGGACUCACCAGGAAUUGGGGAGCAUAUGGGGCUGUAGCUCCUGAGCUUCCGGACACUGUGGCCCCUUUCAUCGGAGGAUUUGAGGUCCAAGCGCACUUCGCAUCUGGUAAUGAUGCCCGCGCCAUGACCCUUCUGCAUCUUGAAUGGGGGUAUAUGCUGUACACACCACUGAGUGUUCAAUCGACACUACUUGAAGGAUUUACAUCAAAUGGGUCUCUCUACUAUCGCUCAUACGAUGGAUAUAACUAUGACCCAUCCUAUACAAGCCACUCGCAUGGAUGGAGCACUGGUCCGACGUCUGCACUGACAUUUUAUGUGCUCGGUUUAACGAUUACCUCCCCCAUGGGACAGACGUGGUCGGUUGCACCCCACACGUCUGGGUUAUCGUUCGCUCGAGGCGGAUUCGAGACACCGCUCGGGUGGUUUGGUGUCGAAUGGGUAUUAACGGAAACUUCCUUCACUAUCUCAUUGGCGAUGCCAGAAGGGACCAGUGGCGUGGUGACCCUUCCGACUACGGGAGUUAUAACUGUGGAUGAUGAAGAGGUGCCGCAGGUCGAGAAGAUUUUGCUUCUCAGUGGUGGUAACCACACAGUGUUGGUGCAGUGA